AUGAAGACGUUUCACAGCCUCGCAUUGCUCACGGCCACUGUGACCAUGGGCGCGCUAUGCUCCGCGGCGCCUGGGGAUGCUCAGGCUCCGCGGCAGCCGACGCGGGAAGAGCCGGCCGCCCCCUGGGGCCUGAGCUACGGAAUCGAGGUCGGCAGUCCUGCCCUGCCAGGGCGGCGUGCGCUGGACGAUAGCGGACGGGAGACAUGCCCCAAAGACACAGUGGCCUGCCAUCUCCCGCGCAACUGGAACUGCUGCCCGACGGCGAUGCCCUGCUGCGGGCCGGGGUGCUGCGCCGAGAGGUACCGGUGCGUCGACGCGCGGGUGGGCGUGUGCUGUCCAGAGGGCACGGUGCUCCGAGACGGAGUGUGCGCCCGCGUUCGCGAGGGGGACCACUGCCGGCCGACGGAAGAGGAGUGCGGGAGCGGGAUGGUCUGCUGCGAGGGUCGGUGUUCGAGGCGGUGCGGCGGCGGCGGCAGAGGCGUCGUCGUCUGUGGGGACGCGGUGGCGGCGACGGGUGGGCGGAAAGCCGGAGGGGCCGGCUGGUGGCGCGCGGUCGUCUUGCUCGGGACCGCGUUGGCGAAUGCCGUCUGA